UGAUUUUUUUUUUUUUUUGUUGAAAAAACAAUUAUAAUGGAGGACACACAAUUACCUACUGAAGAGGAGCAACGCUUUAGACAACAACAAGCAGAAGCCUCAAGACGCUUAUUUGCUUUGUUGGAGGAAUCAGCAGGCUCUAAAGCUCAUAUCAAUGCAGUCACUAUCCUCGGCACCAAAAGCACACGACCUUCCUUUCUCCAAACCGCCACCAAUAAAAUUUUAGAAGCCAAAAAUGUCGCAGAUGUCAUUAAUAAGUCUCAAGACGUGGCCGAAACUUUAAUGCGUCUCGAUAUCUUUGAUCAUGUUCAUAUCUUAUUGGAUAACGCAACAGACAGUGAUCCUCUUGCUGCACCAGGAUCCAUCAAUGUCGUCUAUCAAGUCAAAGAAAAGAGCCGUGUCUUUAUCAAGACAGGCACUGAGAUUGGAAACAACGAAGGAAAUAUGAAUGGAUCAAUUACUUUACGUAACGUUUUUGGUGGAGCUGAAUUAUUAGAAACUGUAGCUUCCUUUGGUACUAGAAAUAGCUCUUCAUUCCAGUUUACGCUUGGAAAACCUGUGAACGCAUCGCCUGAUUCGAAUAUUGACUUUAAUGCACAUCGUGUCCUCUGUAAUAAUACAUUGACAUCCUCUUAUGAAGAGUUAGCUAGAGGUGCAGGAUUACGUUAUAAGACACUUUCUCGAUUUGGCUAUCAUGAACUCAGUUACGAUAUGACAUGGCGUUCAAUUGACCGUGUGUCGCCCAGUGCUUCACUCAGUAUUCGUAAGGAAGUUGGACAUUCUCUCAAGUCAUCCAUCAACCAUGUAUUUGUUCGUGAACGUCGUGACGAUAUAUUAUUACCUUCCAAUGGUCAUUACCUUCGUCUCUCUCAGGAGUUAUCUGGUGUCUUGGGAUUAGGCGAUUCUCAUUUCUUUAAAACAGAGCUUGAAUCCCAAUUCUGUCACCAGUUUGGAGGAGGACAGAUUUUGAAAGAUAAAGAAACUGACGAGUUUUUGGGCCUUCAUCCAGGAUUUGUCAUGAGUACUACUUUCAGAGCUGGCUGGCUGGCUAAUUUAAGUGACGAUGACGACCCUAAGAAAGCAUCUACCGUAUCCGAUCGUUUCUUGUUGGGUGGCCCAUUGUCUAUCCGUGGUUUUAGAAAUGCGGGCGUCGGUCCUAGAGACUAUCGUGACGCUCUUGGUGGUAAUAUGUAUUGGGCAGCUGGUAUCAGUGCUAUUGCUCCUUUACCUAAAUUAGAAAGUAAACCACUUAGAGCACAUGCCUUCAUCAACGCAGGUACAAAUGUACCCUCGGGAUCAACCCUUCAAUCUACCGCACAAGCACUUAUGAAAUCACCAAGUAUCUCGGCUGGUCUCGGCUUGAUUUAUCGUCAUAGUAUAGCUCGUAUAGAAUUGAACUACUGUGUACCAUUAACUGCUGCAAAGGGUGACCAAAUUAAGAGAGGCUUACAGUUAGGCCUUGGUUUGAACUUUUUAUAAAAAAAAAAAAAAACUUUUUGUUUUUAAUGAUAAAUACGACAUGUAUUUAUAUGAAUAAUAUAUAC